CUGACUUUUUCUCAUAUUUAUGUGAACAACUCGGAUUUUUUGUAUUCAAUUGAAAAAGCAGACUUGCAAUUGGCGAGGUUUGAAUGUAUUUGACUUCGUCACAUGGCAGCUCGCAUAUCUGUCAAGUCAGAAACGUAAACAAACACGGACAACCGCCCGUAAAGAUUGUGUGCAGAAUAAUCGUAAAAUUUUAUGUGAAAACUCGGGAAAAGGAAAAACAUCAUUUCAUCCCGAAAUUUGGCAACAUUCGUCCGAGUAUGAUCGAGCAGCUGUGUGUGUGUAUGCCGACGAAAUACGACGCCGUUUCUACAACAAUCACUAAAGCCGGCUGUGAUCGUGAUCGGCACAUUCUCAACUGGACCAACACACCGGUCGUUGUGUAUCUUCAAGCAAACCAACGUUGCCAUACACCACAAAAUAGCAUGGAAAGGAAAGUAUUAUAAAGUAAUGUCAUAUUUGAAAGC